AUGGCCAACACCCAGACGCCCAAGCUCCGAUCAGCAUGCGACGCAUGCCAUGAAGCCAAGGUGCGCUGCACCGGAGGCGCGCCGUGUGUGCACUGCAAGAACCACCGUCACGACUGUCACUACAGUGUUGCGGCGAGGAUUGGGAAGCCCAAGGGCAGCCGCAACCGAAAGACACUCGCACGCCUGCGAGAGGCCGCGCUCACCACGGCAGGCGCGACCAGCCAGCCCAGCGCCUUCCCGAUGGGCGCUGCUUAUCCGACAACAACAACAACAUCAACAACAACAUCAACAUCAACAUCAACUGCAUCAACAUCGACAACCUCGGCUUCGUCGUUCAGCGCGCCGGCUGCUGCUGCUUCUGAAUGGGACCUCUCGUCGUACCAGCACGGCCAGUAUGCUUCUUAUGCUUGGAUCUCGCCGCAGCCCAUUCCGACUCCCCCUGAGAGCGUGGAUCUGGGAUCCAAGAAUCUGUCUUUGCACCACGACCACAUAGUCUCCCAGGCAUCGCACAGCCCAUCGCUGCACUCUGCUACCAGCAUUUCGCACUCAGGCGACAUGUAUCCCGCCGACAACGGCUCCCCAGGCUAUGCGGCGUCUUCUUUUCAAUCGGCCCCGUGCGGCUGUUUCCACUGGCAGACGUCGAGCGUAGCCUCGCUCCAGGCGCUGAAGUCGCAGGGAGCCCUGGCGCAGCACGGUGUCUUCGACGAGUCAAUGCAGUGCGUGGACGCCACAUUCACGGCAUGCCAGCGGACAGCCGGCUGCCCAUCGUGCGAGAAAGACUCAUCCUUGAUCCUGUUCCUUAUUGCUUCCCUUCAAAUGGCCGUUGACCAGCUCGAAUCUCUGCUCUUUACCCAGUUGAAGGACUUCACCGCAAACAAUCCCAUGACGGGGCUACCGCACCCGGAUCAGGGCGGCUCAAGCACGCUUCGGAUGAUGCAGCUUCGUCACAUGCUGUUGAGGGCCCAGACUACCCUACGAGACUUACGAGAUGCAUUUGAGUUGGCCAGAGUACGAUCUCCCGGGCGAAGGGUCUCUGAUUCUGCUCUGCUCGCCUCUGAUUCCACUGGGCUCCACACCAUGCCCGGCCCGCUCUUGGCGCAGAGCCGACAUCGCAUCACAUCAUCAAUAUAUGUGUUUGUGGAAGCCACUCCCGACCUCGUCCUUCUUCUCAUUGUCGAAUACCUCAUUGACCUCUUUGACGACGAGGGGACAUUUAGAGUUCCGAGUAGAGACCGAGUCUUCGCACCCUCCCGAGGAUUCUCGCGCAUUGGAUCGACUGCGGAAAAGCUGCCGCGGGGUUUCAUUACAGAGUUGAUAACCGAUAUAAUGGAUGGUUUUAAUGGUGUCGUGGGCACCCACGAGGAGGGAAAGCUGCACCAUGUUACUGAACGGCUGGUGGCCUUUGAAUAUCUGAAGCCGGAUGCACCCAAGAAGCCUCACAGCCUCAUCGUCAUCGGCGGCCUGAGUGAUGGCCUCUCCACCGUCCCGUACUUGAAAAGCCUCUCUGCUGCUGUAGAGUCCACCCAGUGGUCUCUGUUUUCCUUGAUACUCAGUUCGUCCUACGACAUGUGGGGGACCGGCCGAUUGGGCAGAGACGUGGAAGAUAUUGCGCAGGGGGUGGAAUAUAUCACAGGGUACAAAAAGUCCUUGCAGACUGGCCAGGAGCCAAAGGUCGUGAUAAUGGGCCAUUCCACGGGGAGCCAAGACGUUCUGCACUAUCUCUACACGCCGAACCCAAUAACACCUGACACCGUCUUCGACCAAGGAUUGCUUCAUAUUCGCCGACCAGCAGUCGACGGAGCAAUCAUGCAAGCUCCUGUUUCGGACCGCGAGGCGCUGCUUUCCCACAUGACCGAUGGAGCUGGCAAUUUCAAGGACGCAGAAGGGGAAGGCACAUAUUUGCAGCUCGUUGAUAUGGCCAAGAGACUUACCUAUACUGAUGACAACAUGCAUGAUGUGCUAUUGCCAUUGUCGUUGACGUCCAAAUUGGGAUUUCCGCCUGUCCCAGUAACGGCUAGGCGAUUCCUAAGCCUUAUUAGUCCAGAUAGUCCGGCAGAUCCUCGGGAGGACGACUUAUUCAGCUCAGAUUUGCCUGAUAAACGACUGGACGAAACGUUUGGAAUGAUUGCCACUAGGAACUUGCUCAAAACAAAGCUUGUGGUUCUUUACUCUGGCGAGGAUGAACACGCUCCAAAAACAUUAGACAAGCAAAAAUUAUUACAACGAUGGCAAACAGCAACAAACAAGUCUUUCCAGAAUCUUUGGGAUGACGAGCAUAGUGGUGUUGUCCCUGGAGCUUCGCACGGCCUCGGCGGCGAAGGCGAAGACGAAGCACGACGUGAUUUGGCAACCCGAGUCCAAGGGUAUCUAGGAAGCGUUGAGAAAGCAACAUGA